AUGUUUUAUUCUAGGGUAGAAUGGGUGGAAAUAAUCGAGCCCAAGACAAAGGAACAUAUGUAUGCUAACCUCACUACGGGGGAAUGCGUAUGGGACCCACCUGAGGGAGUUAAAGUGAAACGGACAGAUUCUUCCCAGUGGUGGGAACUUUUUGAUAUCAACACACAUAGAUUUUACUACUACAAUGCAUCAACUCAGACUACUGUAUGGCACAGGCCAACGGACUGUGAUAUCAUACCAUUAGCAAAGUUGCAGACUCUGAAACAAAACACUGAUCCACUAAAAAGACGGGAAAGUGCCACACAGACCAACCAAGCUGCACCUCAGGCUCCAUCAUCAAUAGAUCCAGUGAGCAGCAAUGGUAACAGCACAGCAGCGAGUGUCAGCAAACUGUCACCUGGCAAUGCCAAGACUGUCUCCUUGCCGCAGACCAGUCCGGUGCGGACCAGGCGCUCACAUUACCAUCAUAGGAAUAGCGGAGAGAGGCGAGGCAGGCUGAGCGAGGACGGAGCGAGCCAGCUGUGCCGGCACACCGACUCUGGCCGCUCCUCCGAUAGCAGCGUCAGCAGUCAGCGACGCAAGCAGGAGCUGGCGGCGGCUGCGUGCGCGCCGGUAUGCACGCCGCUGCUGCGGAAACGCAGCGGUCCCGCACCACCGCUCGAGGCCGACAAGUGGUCGCCGCACGCAGGGUUGAACAGGAGCGGCAGCUUUGUCUCGCCGCGGAAGGACGCCUCGGAUGACUCCAUGCACGAGAAGUACUUCAAGUCCGUCGAGAGCACACCGCUGACCAAGCGCAAGUUGAAGCAGCAGUCCGCGGGGUCGUCGGGCGAGUCGGCCUCCCCGCAGAGCCCGAGCAGCCCCCUGCAGAAACCGCAGCCCCAGCCCUUCCUACAGACGUCAGCGGCGCGGCCGUCGCUGGUGUCGUCCAUCUCGCUCGCCACGGACGCGGCGGGCGGCGCGCGCGCGCUGCACAGCCUGGAGCGGCCGCACCAGCUGUCGCGCCACGCGAGGGAGCGCUACUCCGACAGACACCUGGACAAGGAUCGGCUGGUGGAGUUGGAGCGAACGGAGCGGUUCGACAAGCAGGCCGCGUACAGUGUGGACAAACCCUUCCGGCAGACCAGUUUAGAUCUGCGACAUCACGCGCCCAAUUGGCAUCCACCAAGGGAGUUCACUAGAAGGCAGCAAGCGGAACCGGAACGGUACACUUCAAGCAAAAGUUCGCUCUCGUCCGGCAGCAGCAAGCGGCAAGAACCACACCACAACUUCAUGCGGCUCUGCUCGGCUAAUGAACAAGACAAUAUGGCCGCCGUGAACUACAAGAUGAAAUGCAUCAACCUGGACCCGCCGCUAACGGAGCCCAACGUGCAGAAACACAACCAGAGGCUAGAGAGGACCACGGCGCCCAGAGAUCGGGCCAAAUCCAGACGUCACAAGAGGCCAGAAGAAGUAGAAGAAUCUCCGCUAGACGCCGACGAAGAAGACGAGGAUGGUUCCCCGCUGUACUGCAACUGGGACCUCCGCGGCAUGCAGCACCUGCUGCCGCUGCAGGACUACAUCAUCCAGCAGGCCAAGCUGUCCAGGGGCGCUCGCUACGCAGAGGGGUCGGGUUCUGACAACGAGUCGAACUCGUCGCGCUCCGGGUCGGCGGGGUCGCGCUCGCUGUCCGGGCACGAGCCCGACAACGAGUCGAGCGACGGCGGCGCGCGCACGCCGGACGACGACGACGGCUCCGGCGUGUACCUCGCCCACCAGCACGCCGAGUACAUGAACCACGGCGUCGCUUACUACAACACCUUUCACGAGCCCGACAGGGAGUACCACCGGCCUGUAGCGGGCGCGGAAGCGUUGUACAGCCCGGUGCGAGCGCACGCGCCGCGGCCGCCCGAGCAGGACAUCGAGAUCUUCGCCAAGGACCACCUCAACUUCAACAAGGGCAUCUUUAGGAAGAAGGCGUCAGUUCGCGACAUGUUAUCAUGGACGUCAUCAGGCAUCAGCGCGCCCAUGGUCGGCGCGGACUGGGACAAGGCGCACAAGAAGGCAGCCACCGACCUGUUCAGACUUGUCCAGAUAUACAUGGGCGACCGCAAGGCCAGGCCGGGGAUGACGCUCAACUCCGUCGCACAGGACUUACUCCACGCCACCUUCGCUAAUGAGAAACUGCGAGACGAGCUGUACGUGCAGCUGUGCCGGCAGACGACGGAGAACCCGCUGCGGGACUCGCUGCUGCGCGGCUGGGAGCUGCUGGCCGUGUGCCUCGCCUUCGUGCCGCCCUCGAGCGCCUUCCAGCCCGCGCUCACCAACUACGUCAACCGCCACCGCGACCCCGCCUUCGCCGACGCCUUCCCCGAGGUUGGCAAAUGGCCGAUCCACGUGCAAGUGUCACACUACGCGGGCGUGGCGUGCAAGCGGCUCGAGCGGAUCGGCGUCACCGGCAAGCGGCAGCCCAGGAAGCCCACCACCGAGGACAUCGACCAGGCGCGGAUCCAAAUAUUCCGACAGUCAAUGUUCGGCAACACGCUAUCCGAAGUAAUGGCGAUACAAAAAGAACGUUUCCCGAACCGCCAGCUCCCGUGGGUGCAAGUGGCUCUCUCGCAGCAAGUGCUCGCGCUGAGCGGCCGCGAGACCGAGGGCAUCUUCAGGGUGUCGGCCGACGUGGACGAGGUGGCCGCGCUCAAGGCCAAGAUUGACAAUUGGGAGCUGCCAGACGCCUCUACCCUCACUGAUGCCCACGCACCGGCGAGCCUGCUCAAACUCUGGUACCGGGAACUAUACGAGCCCCUUAUACCGGACGCGCUGUAUGCGCCGUGCGUAGCUGCGGGUUCAGACUACGCUGCAUGCGCGAGGGCGCUACAACGUUUGCCGGCGCUGAACCGACUGGUACUAACCUAUCUCAUAAGCUUCCUCCAACAAUUCACCGCUCCAGAAGUUGUAAGUCAAACCAAAAUGGACUCUGCGAACCUCGCCAUGGUGUUUGCGCCCAACUGCCUCCGCUGCACGUCGCAAGACCCCAGGGUCAUCCUCGAGAACGCGCGGAAGGAGAUGACCUUCCUGAAGACCCUUAUCACGAAUCUGGACACGUCCCAUGUGCAGGACAUGCUGUGACCGAAUCUCAAUAACAAUUAUGGGAACGACGAUUACUCGUUGCAUGGACGUUCGUGGUUUUAGCUAUUUUAGUGAUCAUUCCGAU